AUGCUCUCCCACCCAAGUUCCAUCAGCCAUCUCCAUCCCUACCAGUACGACGUCACCUACACCAAGAGGUGGGAAAAAACGAGCAAACCGAAACGGGACGUCAUCCCUUCGACAAUCCAACCACCCGCUGGACAGCCGCAGAGCAGGAUGGAUUCCAAAGCAGUUCCCAUCGAAAGGCGCCAUCGUGCAACCGCUGACGGAAAACCGCGCAGCGCCAGCCCAGGUCAUCGCGACGACGGCCUCCUCCACAGAAGCCUCGUCGAAGCCAAGCCCUGCUGCGUGUGCAAGGACGAGAAGUCGAAGCGUGACGAGUGCAUGCUCUUCUCCAACGCCAGCGACCCUGCCGCCGACUGCCAGUCGCUCGUCGACAAGUACAAGACGUGCAUGCUGAGCUACGGGUUCAAGGUAUAA